UUGUUGCACCCGCAGGCUACCAUGGCUCAUUGAUGGUCUCCCGACAUGUAAUACAUUCCCUUUGACUUUGUGUCACCGCCAGAUCCUGUUACUUCUGGUGUCCGUUUCAUGUUCAUUGCUCGCUUGCGCGCUGGCAUGCAACUGGCGUGCUCUCAUGCGUACAGUGCGUACAACGAAGAACUACAUCAGUUCCAGUUAGUUUUAGAGUUGGCCGUGGAACAAACUUGUGCUUUUCGCUCUCCCACAUUCUCUGCUUCUUCUCCAAUAAUUAUAUGAACACUGUUCGCCAAAGAACUCGUUGUGGACGUUGUUGUGAGUGCGUGUCCGGGAGUGAGUUGGGGCGGUCGUGAUUAUCUAACAGCUUGGUGCCGAAACCCGGUUUGGUGGAGUAGCAGUGUGCAAUACGAUGUCGACGUUGAAGUUUGAUAGUUUUGUUCGGCCGUUUCGUGGAAAAGGUGAUAACCUUGCUGCGUUUUGGUCUAAGUUCCUGGUCCUUGGAGAACUGCACAAAUGGGACUCGGAGGAAAAACAGAUGGCGCAUCUGCCAUUGUUGCUGGAUGGUCCGGCGUUCCUGGUGUUUGACCAGUUGUCCGCAGAGGAUCGGAAGAAGACCGCGGCGGUGAAGGCUGCUUUGGAGGCUGCGUUCGCGCCCAGCCCGGCGGAGUCCUACCAUCUAUUCGUAGGGCGGCAGCUGGCCCUGGAUGAGCCUGUCGACGCCUACGUAGCAGACCUGACGCGCCUGCUGACAUUGUCAGGCCACAAGGUUGCUGCGGAUGGGAAAGACCCGUUGCUCGUGGAGCAGUUGAUCAGCGGUCUACCACACGAGUAUGGGAAAACCGUCCGGCUGGCCAACGCCAUGAAGAGCCUUACCGUCGCGGAGCUGACUGGACAGGUGAGGACGAUGCAGUCAGCGGCAGGGGUCGCUCAGGCGGUGGCUGCAGCCCGAUCUGGUCCCCCGCCCCAGAGUCAGUCGCUGAUGUGCUAUGGCUGUGGCCAAGUGGGUCACAUGCGCCGUAGCUGCCCGAAUCAGCAGCGUCGUGGCGGUGGACAGCGCGGUGGCGGUGGACAGCGCGGUGGCGGUGGACAGCGCGGUGGCGGCGGUGGGCCCCCGCAGUCGACUUGGCCAAGGACGACCACGGAUGCUCCAGCCAAGAGGAGUGGACCCACGUGCUAUCGCUGUCAUCAGGUGGGCCACCUGAGGAAAGACUGUCCUCAGAGGUCAGAUUCUGGACGUGUGGCCGCCACAGCACCAGCCCCGGCAGCGUCGCACCCGCGGACGGAUUUCUGCCUGGCUAUGCCCCGGCCUUCGUCGCAGCUGAUUCGAGUUGCAGUGGAGGUGCAGGUCGAAAACGCGCAUUGGAGCCGCCAAGCGUCGGUUGUCGACACGGGUUGCACUCGGUCCCUGAUCGAGUGGCCAGUUGUCCAGCAGCUGGGUAUGCAGUCCAGCCUGAAGGAGACCAGCGACCGGCUGAUCACGGUGGACGGCACACCCUUGGACGUCACCGGCAGCGUGGACAUGACGCUGAAGCGCGAGGAUGGCUCGGUCUACCUACCGACGAUCAAGGUUUCGUUGCUCGUCGUGCCGAACCUCGACGCCCUCAACACCGAUAUCGUGAUCGGAUCGGACAUCGUGUCCCAAGUUGGUGGUGUCAGCAUCUCCCAUGAUCAGCCGGGAGGCCAGUUAUCGUCUGUUGUAUUCGGCCCCGCACGUGACGUCGCCUCGGCCGGCGUGGCGGCUGCCACGGAGAAGCUGUCACGGCAUAUCUCGGUCAGCGACGGCGAUGGCCAGGUCACGCUGCGGAUGGACGACAUUGAGGCAACCUGGCGCGACGACCUAGGCUUCUGGGAAGCCACCUGGCGAUGGAAAGCCGACACGGAGCCGUCUCUUCCUCUUGGUUCUGGUGUUGGAGAAUAUCCGCGCAAGAAACUCAACCCAGAGCAAGAGCAGCAGUUCGUCAAGGAGGUCCAGAUGUGGCGCGAGAACGGCUGGCUGGUCCCGUACGACCGUGAAGCGUUCGGUGAACCGGCCUGUGUUCUUCCACUGAUGGCUGUCGACCAGGCUCACAAGGCGUCAACUCCCGUGCGGCCGUGCUUAGACUACCGCGCUCUGAAUGAGUGUCUUGUGUCGCACCCAGGCCUGGAUGCGCCGGCUUGCGGCCAGAAGCUGCGCGAGUGGCGACUCGGGGACGGUGAUAGCGCCCUCCUUGAUCUGAGCAAGGCGUACCUCCAGAUCCGGAUGGCUCCCCGUCUGUACCGCUAUCAAGCGAUCGUGUGGCAAGGAGAGUUGUUUGCCAUGACGCGCAUGGGGUUCGGCCUCAACGUCGCGCCGUGUUCAGCUGGUGUGGCAAGCUCGUCAGCCAUUACCCCGUCUGUGCGUGGCUGCGACCGACGACGAAUUGGCUGA